GUGGUAGCAGUGGUGCGUCGUCCUACCGCCAUGUUUCGCUUUCGUCGUCGCGCACCCGCCGUCGCGCUCUCGGUGGCGGUGGUUCUGGCUGCCGUCCUGGUGCAGGAGGCCCGCUGCACGCGCCUCCGCCCCGUGGACUCGGCCGCGCCCUGGGGCGUGGACGGCAAGGGGGGAGACGACCUGGACCUGAAAGACGGCCAGCAAGAAGACAGGGGCUGGUCGUGGAAGCUGCCGCAGGCCGCCAUGACCGUGGUGAAGGAUUGCCUGUCGUCCUCGAGCGCCCCGGACACGGCCUCCUGCAUCAGGACGAUGGCGGCCCGCGCCCUGGACCGGGUGGCCAGGGCGCAGCGCGAGAUCAACCUGGGCGCGGGCCUGGUGCUCGUCCCGGACGCCAAGGAGACCGCCAAGGAGACCGCGAGGUCGCUGGACACCCCCGGUGGCGGCGGCGGCGGCGACGAGGCCCUGGGCUCGCGCCUCCUGACCCUCCUCCAGGGGUACUCCCUGCGCCUGCAGCUGCCCAGCGCCAGGACCAUCCGGGAGGUCAUCGACACGCCCGUCAACGCCUCUGCCUUCACCGGUCGGCGGCGCAACGGCGGCAUCGCCCCGCUGCUGGUGUUCGGCUCGUCGCUGCUGCCUGUCAAGAUGUCGCUGCUCGCGCUGCUGGUCGGGAAGGCGCUCAUGCUGUCCACGCUGGCCUUCGCCAUCCCCGCGCUCCGGCUCCUCCAGGGCGGCGGCAUGGGCGGCGGCGGCGGUGGCGGCGGCGGCGGCCACCACUGCCACUGAGGACGGCGCCGCGCGGGCCGAGGAGGACGUCGACGAGAUCGUGGGCGACGAUUUGAGGCGACAGAAUUGAUUUUACGCUGAUCGCUUUGACACAUGUGUCGAGGCGUCCCAGCGGUGAGAGUAAUGGUUAUAUGAUCGGUUGCAUUGGACAUCUGCGCGUGUUGGUGACGACAUUAGAUAGAGACAUUUUUCCGAAAAAACUUUUUUCCGAUGAAGGGGUUCUCGUAAAAUGUAAGUCAGAGCGCCGCGCCGCCAGUAGUGAGAGGGGAGAGAAGUAGGCCUUUAGAGGUGGGAGAGAGAAAAGGAAA